AUGAAACCACCCCUCAAUCCAUCCUCCGUGUUCUUCCUUUUGGUUCCUUUGGUGAUCUCUGUCCAUAUUUCAUCUUCUAUUGGUGUGGAUGAUGAUUGGUAUACAAACUGCUUAAGUACCACUUUUAGCUGCGGAAGCAUACAAGACCUCACUUAUCCAUUCUGGGGAGGAGAGAGAGCAAAUUAUUGUGGUCUUCCUGAUUUCAACCUCACUUGCGAAGCCAAUAUCCCAAAAAUUACCAUACGGUCCCUCAAAUACCGUAUUCUUCGUUUGGAAUGGACUACACAGACUCUUGUAGUGGCUAGGGAUGAUUAUUUUGACACUAUUUGUCCAAAUGAUUACAAAAACAACACAUUUGAUCAAACAUCGUUCAAGUAUGUAGACGAUGGGCUUACUAAUGUGACCUUUCUCUACGAUUGUGGUUCUUAUAGUUCUCCCCCAUUUCCAUCAAAUCCUUUCGAUGCAAAGUGCAAGGAAGCUGAUGAUCAUACAAAUAUAACAGUCUACUACCUUCUAGGACCAUGGUAUAUAAGUGAUUGCAAAAGUGUUAUUAUGCCGAUAUAUGAAGCGAACCUUGGUCGAGUUCAAGCUGCUGUACAGGAUGUAUUACGAGAUGGGUUUGGGUUGCAAUGGAUGGUAAAUACCGAGGAUUGCAACACAUGCUCUCAAUCUGGUGGCCAGUGCGGCUAUGAUGGACAAUUCUCCUGCUUUUGUAAAGAUGGACCCCAAAAAACUUCAUGUCCUGGUAAAACGUCAGGAUCAACUGGGAAGCUAGGUUCGCGAGUUGCUAUAGGCAUUUCAACAGGAGUUGGUGGACUUGCUCUAAUCUCGAUUUUGAUUAUUUAUAUUUGCAAGAAGCGUUUCGGAACAGAAAAUGGGAAAUUAUUCACAGAGAGAAGAGCAUAUCAUGAUCACAAUGUUAAAUCCUUCAUGAGAAACUAUGGCUCUUUGGCGCCAAAGAAAUAUGGUUAUGCAGAAGUGAAAAGAAUGACAAAAUCAUUUUCAAACAAAUUGGGCGAAGGAGGGUAUGGUGUUGUAUACAAAGCCAGCCUACCUGAUGGUUGUCCAGUGGCAGUUAAAGUAAUAAGGGAAUCUAAAGGAAGUGGAGAAGAAUUUAUAAAUGAAGUUGCGAGCAUCAGCAGAACCUCCCAUGUCAACAUAGUCACUCUCCUGGGAUUUUGUCAUGAAAGGAACAAAAGAGUGUUAAUCUACGAAUACCUGUCAAACGGUUCCUUGGAUAAUUUCAUCUAUCAGAGAGGGUCUUCAAACGCUCUCUGUGCUUUGGAGUGGAAGUUAUUGUACCAGGUUGCUAUUGGCAUUGCUCGUGGACUGGAGUACUUGCAUCGGGGUUGUAACACAAGAAUUUUGCAUCUUGAUAUCAAACCCCAAAACAUUCUCUUGGAUGAAGAAUUUUCCCCAAAAAUAUCUGAUUUUGGAUUGGCUAAAUUAUGUCAAAAGAAGGAGAGUAUUGUGUCAAUACUAGGCACAAGAGGAACAAUAGGGUUCAUUGCACCAGAAAUAUUCAGUAGAGCAUUUGGCGGUGUUUCUUACAAAGCAGAUGUUUAUAGCUAUGGCAUGUUGGUCCUUGAAAUGGUCGGAGGAAGGAAGAACUACGACAGUGGAGGAUCACAAGCUGAUGAGCAGUAUUUUCCGGAUUGGAUUUAUAAGGAUCUUGAACAUGGUAAGCAUCCAGCUAGUUCUUUAGUAAUCACAGAGGAAGAUGAUGAGGUGGUAAAGAAGAUGACUCUAGUGAGUCUAUGGUGUGUUCAGACAAAUCCAUCAGAUAGACCAGCUAUGAGCAAAGUGGUAGAAAUGUUAGAAGGACCCCUUCAAUCCUUAACGGUUCCUCCAAAGCCAUCCCUUGAAUAUCCUACAAAAUCAUCAGCAGUUAUACAAUUGUCAAAUGCAUCUUCUGAAGACAUGAUUCAGACAGUUUCAAUAAGCAGUUGACUUGUAUACUCUACCUACUGUCAAAGACAAUUUAACUUUGAAUUGUCUUGGAAGAUUCAUGGAUAAUUGCCAACUAUUGCUUUCCUU